CUUUCCGUUGUUCGCCCCGCUGGCAACCGUGGGGCGUCGCGACACAGCCGACCGACGGACGCGUCUACACGCGCGGAAUUUGCUCUGAUGGUUGUCAAUGCUGUUCUCUCGCAUAACUACAUAUUUGCAUUGCCUUUGUGUCAAGUAUACAUGCGUACAAGAUUGACUUAUGCACAGCAGAGCCGGAACGAUAAUGAGUGGAUGCCCGAUAACGACGACGGAAAGAGAAGAGACUCCAGUCAGACUCCAGAUCGGUACGAUAGGAAAAGAGAUCACAGCGCGACAAAGGGUAGAUGGCCACCUUCCACCAAGAGUGCCAGAGAUGGGAAAACAUGGAGGGACAAUAGAAGCCAGAGCACCAACCCGACGGAGAGAAUACCUAUUCUAUAAGCCAGUACGAUCAUUAGCCAUAUGAGAUUUGUCUGUGGCGCAAUCAGCGCAAUCGAACCGUUAAAUCACGACGUAAAACUCACUCAAUUUAGACCCAAGUGUCCUCACCUAGUCCAAUGGCAUCGAAGCUCUUCCCACUCCUCGUCUUCCUCUGGGGAAGGAUCGACACGGUGUCCAGGUUGAUGAGCUUUUCCGAAGGCGGUGGAGAGCCCUCCACCCAGCCCUUCCAGCCCUUGCGCACGGCGGUGCGUUUCUUGCGUGGCCGCGACUGCGCGUAAGGCGGUGUCUGCGAGGCCUCACUGCGGUGACGGCUAUGC